AUGCUGUGGCUGCUGAGUUCCCUUCUCCUUGUGGCCCUUGCCUCAGGCGGCCGCCACCCCUCCCACGGCCCCUCUGGCCGCGUGGUCAAUGGUGAGGAUGCUGUUCCCUACAGCUGGCCAUGGCAGGUCUCCUUGCAGUAUGAGAAGGACGGGACCUUCCGCCACACCUGCGGUGGCACCCUCAUUGCCCCCAAUUGGGUCCUGACUGCAGGCCACUGCAUCUCGACAUCCCUGACCUACCAGGUGGUGCUGGGCGAGUAUGACCGGAGUGUAAAGGAGGGGCCUGAGCAGGUGAUCCCCAUCAACGCUGGCGACCUCUUUGUGCAUCCACGCUGGAGCAGUUACUGUGUAGCCUGUGGCAAUGACAUCGCCCUGGUCAAGCUGUCACGCAGUGCUGAGCUGGGGGACAAUGUCCAGCUGGCCCAGCUCCCUCCCGCUGGUGAAAUCCUGCCUGAUGAAGCACCCUGCUAUAUCACUGGCUGGGGCCGCCUCUACACCGAUGGGCCUCUCCCAGACAAGCUGCAGCAGGCCCUGCUGCCCGUAGUGGACCAUAAGCGCUGCUCCAAGUGGGACUGGUGGGGCCUUUCUGUGAGGAAAACAAUGGUGUGCGCCGGCGGGGACAUCCAGUCUGUGCGCUUAGCCCAGCACACAGCUCAGCCCCCACUCUGGUGGUUCCAGGGUGACUCUGGAGGACCCCUCAACUGCCCCACCGAGGAGGGCAGCUGGCAGGUCCAUGGGGUGACCAGCUUCGUUUCUGGCUUGGGCUGCAACACCCUCAAGAAGCCCACGGUGUUCACACGAGUCUCGGCCUUCAUUGACUGGAUCGAGGAGACCAUUGCCAGCAACUAGGACCAGGCCCAGCUGGCUGAGCGGUCCACAUCCUGCAAUCAGAAUAAAGGUGUCUCUGCAAGCC